AUGACUUGUGAUGAAAAUCGUCCAUGUAAACGAUGUAUCACAAGAGGUCUUGAAGAAACUUGUGUUGAUGCUCCAAGAAAGAAGAAGAAAUAUUUAAUGGAUGUUCCUGAUGAUUUAGAAUCUCAAAAUCAAAUGCAAAGAACUCCUUCUAUAAAUUCACCACCUCCACAGCAGCAACAGGAAAACUCAUUAAAUGAUCUUUAUCCUCCACAAUUAUCAAAUUCAACUUCAACUACAAAUUCAUUUAUUAAACCUGAUACUUAUGAUCAAAAUAAUUUCCAUCAAUUUCAACAGCAGCCUCAACCACAACAAUCUCAACAACAACAGCCUCAACAACAGGAGAAUUAUCAACCAUUACAAUUCCCAACCCGUCAUAAAUCAAAAUUUCUAUCAUCUGCUGCUGAUCUUGAAUAUUCCAUAUUGAGUGAUAUAAUCAAACAAGAUCAUCUAAGUCCUUCAGGUAUAAGACAUAGUCCAAGUGAUGGCUAUAAUGGACAAAUAACAUCACCACAAUAUCUCCAGCAACAGCAAUACCAACAACAACAUCAACAACAUCAAAGGUCAAAUUCAUAUCUUGAAGGAUUUAGACAUGGUUCUACUCAUAGUGCAACUUCAACUCCUACACCUUCUUCAAUCCAUGGUCAUGAUAUUUAUAAAACUUAUAGACAAGGUGAUAAAACUAUAAAUCAAUACAUGUUGGGUAUAGUUCAAGAUCAAUUAAUAACAUUUCCUGAAGUUAUGAAAUGGAUUGAAGAGGAUAAAUUUACAAAUUUAGAUGAUUUCCAACAAAAUGAAUUAAAAUCAACAAUAAGUUUUGCCAUUGGUAUUGAUGAACAAAAUAGUAGCAAUUCCCUGAAUUCAGAUUCUUUUAAUUUAAAUUAUGGUCAAGAUGUUGAAAGUUUUUGGGGAUUAAAAUUUAAAGAACCUGAAGAUAUCUAUGCAAAAAUUAAUAAACCAUUUAGUUAUACACCUGGAUUUCAUGCUUUAAUUAAUUAUUUAAGAAGUAGAUUCCCCAAAAAUGAAUUAGUUAAAAUGGCAAAAAGUAUGGCAAAUUAUAGACCAAGUUUUAUUGCAUGUACAAAUACUUUAAAAGAAGAUGAUUUAAUCUUUAUGGAACAAUGUUUCCAAAGAACUUUAUUAGAAUAUGAUAAAUUCAUUUCUAUAUCUGGAACACCAACUAUAGUUUGGAGAAGAACAGGACAAAUUGCAUAUGUUUCUGAAGAAUUUUGUAUCUUAACAGGUUGGACCAAGGAACAAUUAUUAAGUAAAAUUACAUUUAUUGUGGAAUUAAUGGAUGAUACUUCAGUUGUGGAAUAUUUUGAUCUUUUUUCAACAAUUGCUUAUGGUGAUUUCCGGGGUGCUACAAUGACUGGUUGUACUUUAUUAAGUUCUGAAAGUAUAAAGAUUAAAACUACAUGUAUGUGGACUUUAAAAAGAGAUGUUUUUGGAAUUCCAAUGAUGAUUAUUGGGAAUUUCUUACCAAUAUUGUGA